UCCCGUUGAAUGGAAAGUUAGACAUGUCAGUUUUUUAAUAAGCUGAUAAAGUAGUGUACAAACAGACUAUUUUAUCUGGCGAUUCUAAUACAUAGUUAUAUUGGUGUUUCUAAGAUAUUUAUAGUCAACUUCUAUAAUGUCUGAAGAAUUUAAUGCAAUAAUUAGAAAAGCAGAAAAAGAUGACAUGGUACAUGUUUUUGAAAUGAUUAAGGAAUUGGCAGCAUUUGAGAAAUUAGAAGAUCAAGUUAAAAUCGACUAUUCUGUGUUGGAGCAAGAUGGAUUUAAUGGAAAUCGACCAUUCUUUGGUUGCAUUGUUGCAGAAUUGCCAGAUCAUUCGCUAAUAGGAUACGCGUUAUAUUAUUAUUGUUAUUCUACAUGGGAAGGAAAAGCUAUAUUUCUAGAAGAUUUAUACGUAAAGCCAAAUUACAGACGUCACGGAAUUGGAGCUAAGAUGUUUUUGGCCGUUAUGAAAACGGCACAUGAUGCUGAAAUUAAACGAGUGGAUUUCCAUGUCUUGUCUUGGAAUCCUGCAAUAGCUUUUUAUAAGAAAAUGGGCGCCAUUAAUUUAUCUGAAACCGAAGAUUGGACUUUAUUCCGAAUGAACCAUGGCAGUUUACAAAAAUUGUUUUCAUAAUAUAUAGUACUUAGUAAAAUAUGUUUUGAAUGUU